GCUAGUGCUCUGCCUCUUUAGCUUCGAGACCCCGCCUCGUUGAGCUCCUCCUCGCAUCGUCGACCUCUUCGUAGCUCGCAAUGGCUCCCUCAUCCAAGGUUGCGAACCCGCCGGCGGCCAAGGCAACGAAGGCUGCCAAAGCUCUCAAAACCACCACCAAGCCGGUCAAGAAAUUGUGGAGGAAGGUGCGCACUUCGGUGACAUUCCAUCGCCCCAAGACCCUCAAGCGCGCUAGGGCCCCCAAGUACCCUCGCCUCAGCGCUCCCAACCGCAACAAGCUUGACCACUAUGAGGUACUCAAGUACCCGCUCACCACCGAGUCCGCCAUGAAGAAGAUUGAGGACAACAACACCUUGGUGUUCAUCGUGGACGUGCGUGCGGACAAGAAGAAGAUCAAGCAGGCUGUGAAGAAAAUGUACGACAUCCAGACCAAGAAGGUCAACACAUUGAUCAGGCCUGAUGGAGCUAAGAAGGCGUAUGUGAGAUUGACAGCUGAUUACGAUGCGCUUGAUGUGGCCAACAAGAUUGGUAUCAUCUAAAUUUUCUGUUCAAUUUGGUAAACAUCUGAAUUGAAAGACGUGGCUUUGGUUUACCUGCCCAGUGCAGUUUCGUCCUUCUGCGCCAAAUUUGCAUUUUUUACCUGCCCACAGAUGUCUCUGGAGCUUGCUUUAUUCGUAGAGUUUGCGAAAACUAAGUUUACGUUAUUCAGGAACUGGGUUGAACUUAUUAUGUUUUAUCUUAAAAGCCUGUUUGAAUGCUUUAAGCUCUAAAGAAAGUUUGUGGAAUCUUCAAGAA